CCACUCAGAACCGAACCAGACCCCAAUGUCGGCUCCGUCCCCGUUGCACACCCUGCACAUCGAAUCCUCGUGCUCCAUCUGCCUGUGUUACUUCCACGACCCCGUUUCCAUCCCAUGCGGACACAACUUCUGCCGCGGCUGCAUCACGCGCUGUUGGGCCGGGCUGGACUCUCAUUUCCCAUGUCCUCAAUGCAGGAAAAUCACAUCGCAACCGAGUUUUCGUCCGAGUAUUGAACUCGCCAACAUCGCCAGCAUCGCGAGGCAGCUCCGCGCUCAAUGCAACGCGUGGUGCAACCAGCACCCGGAGGGUUCGAGGCUGUUUUGUAAGGAGGAUGGAGAGCCCGUGUGUGCUCAAUGCGAUGGGUUCAGGGAUCAUGGGGGUCACACGGUGCUGCCGGCGCAACAGGCGGCGCGGGAGUACAAGGAAGAAAUCCAGGCCCGACUCCGAGCUUCAAAGGAAGAGAGGGAGAAAUACCUGGAGAGCAGGAAAACUGGGGGGAGGACAGGGCUGUAUUUGGAUCAAACCAAGAAGGAAGGGAAGCGGAUCGUGUGCGAAUUCGAUCAAUUGCGUCAAUUCCUAAAGGAAAAAGAACGUUUCCUCCUGCUCCAGUUAUCGGACCUGGAUCGAACCGUCACCAAAGUGCAGGAGGACGCGGUGACGAAGGUGUUGGAGGAGAUAUCCCACCUGGACACCCUGAUAUGGGAGAUGGAGGGCAAAUUCCAACAGCCCGAUAGUAAAUUCCUACUGGACAUCAGGAGGCUCUUGAAUAGCUGUGAGAUGAUGAAGUUCAACCCCCCAGCAGAGAUUUCCCCUAUUCUGGAAAGAAGAUUGGAGGAUUUCCUUCAGAAGAACGUCGCGGUGAGACGGACCCUGAGGCAAUGCCAAGACAGCCUGAUGUUCCAACUGCAAGAGCCAGCCAAUGUCACCAUGGACCCCACCACCGCUCACCCCAACCUUUAUCUCUCCGAAGACCGAAAACAAGUCCGGGGCCAACUGAUACCACAAGACCUCCCUGAUAACCCAGAGAGGUUCAGCUUUGAGACCUGUGUGUUGGGUUGCCAAGGUUUCACCUCAGGGAGGCAUUUCUGGGAGGUCGAUGUGGGUCAGGGGGGUGUAUGGGCUUUAGGGGCGGCCCGAGCUUCCAUAAAGAGGAAGGGACCCAUGAGCUUUAGCCCCAAAGAAGGUGUGUGGGCUCUGGAGGCCUAUCACUCCCUUACGUCCCCCCGUGCUAAUCUACGUCUGAAUGCACUUCCAAGGAGGAUUCGGGUCUCUCUGGACUACGAAGGGGGUCGGGUGGCGUUUUUCAGCUCAGAUGAUGACACCCCCAUUUUGGUCUACACCAGAGCUUCAUUUAAUGGGGAGAGGGUCCUGCCUUGGUUCAAGAUAGGGAUGGGGGCUCGCUUGCAAGAAAUCACCCCAAAUUCCCCCUUAGAGGAGCAGACCGCGAGUGGGCAGCUGAUGUCCCAUCUGGAUUGGGUUGGGUUCAGAUCUCCCCUCAAGAUCUGCCCUUGAGAUGUCCUUUAGUUAAUGGGGGCAUCUGAUGGGAUGUGUGAUGUGGUUGCUUGGAGCAUCAUGCCAAUGGGACCCUCUGCUCUGUGUCUGUUCCCAUUGGGGAGCACUGGGAUGAUCCCUCUACAGGAUGAGGAAGCCACCAUCGUGCACUGAAGAGUUGGAAGGAGGUUUAUACAUCUAUCUGGCAUCAAUAAUGGGGCAGAUAUGGGGUGUUCUUCAGCCUUUGGUUGCAAAUAGAAGCUCCUAGUGUGGGGAGAUGGUCUCUGCUUUUGUUUCUGAUAGUUAAUUUAAAUUAAACGUGUUGUGUGUGCUCCA